AUGAUGUUGGAAACCUUUCACGAUUCCUUGACCGGGAGUGUCCCAGAUGGGACACCAGUAGUCUUCGUUUCCCAUCGGAAGCGGCAACCAAUUCUUGGAAGGACUGUCAUUGAGAACUUUCCCGCAAUGGAUGCUCGAUUUUGGUAUCGUUCAUGUAAAAGAUGGCUAUCCGUUGAAGAAUACGUCUUUGUGAAUUACGGGUAUGAUCUUCGUUACCCCAAAGGAUACGUCUGCCGGCUCAUUCCAGCAGAAUACGAGGAAGCAGACUGCGAGGUCAAAGCGGAAAACCUCUUCCCACUGGAGGUAUCAUAA